AGUAAAAUAAGCCCCAACAGAAGUUUUUCCCCCAACCACGACUUUAUUUACCACUUUUUAAACCACCUGCUCGUGAGUGGACCGUUUAGACGCACUGCCUACGGCAUGAAUCGCACUCAUGCGCACCUGAGCGCCUUGGGUGGAUCGCACACCCUCAGCCCGUGGAACGUAACGGGUGCCAUUCGCGUAUUUUGACAGCAGCGCCGCAGUAUUCGUGCGUGUUGUGCAGUUGCUGGCGUUUCGCUUGCCUGAAUUGAACGCUCGUCUGUCUGUGGUUUGUCUGGCCAUGGUCGGUUUCGGUGCUUGUUCUUUGUCCCAAAUACACAGCGCUCAGCGACUAGAAUCGACUGUCAAAAUCUCGUGAAAUCACAGCAAAUCGAAUCGAGUGUUUCGUGUGUCGCAUAAUUGCCACAGCUGGCGUGAGUUUGCCCGCAAACCGAGGGAAUUGUCAAGGCGCCCCACGACGGUCUCGCUGCUGGGUCGCGCUGAUUGCACUCCAUUGGAGUUGAAGUGAAAGGUGUGCCCUGUGUAAUCUGAAAUCGAAAUGUCAACUUGCAGUUCGUGAGACGUGAAUGUGUUUACCCAAUCAGCGCUGCGACGCACGGCGGCGGUCGUGUGGCGAUCAGCUAAGAAAUUUCGGGUUGCGCGGCUUCGUGUGUGAAGUCGCCAAAGGCCUUGGAUCCCAGAUUGAAGUGCGAGAUUGCGACGACGACGUCGAACUAGCCCACGAGUGGGUAGCCCCAGCCGCGGACGUCGCGGAGGCUGGCAAGGAAAAGUGGGAAAGUGCACUGUGUAAAUCGACGAGGGUCGCAUUCCCCUUGCAAAUUCCCGAGUGGCUAAUCAAGAUAAUAUCGACAACUCUUAAGCCCUGACAACAACACGAACCAAGAACAGGAGUGAGCAACGGGUGACCUUGUUGGCGUCGUAGCUUCUGCGGCCACCGCUGCUAAAGACACUGCCAUGAGUGGCAAUUCGUUUUCGCCCUCGAGUGUAGUAAGCACUUCACCGUUCCAGUUUUCAAAUGUUUAGAUAGAUUACACUGGCAGCCGGAAUGACAUCAGUGCGGAGUUAGAACGAGGUCAAAGUGAGCCUCGUUUCGUAAACUUUACUCUUUGUAAAAAUGGGAACGACUUCAAAUCCCAAAACGUAUGUGGAUAAUUUAAGACCUGCUUUCUUCACAUUCUUCUGUGUUCGAUGCCACAAGAGAGAUGCGUCCGCCGAUUACAACAACCAAAAAUGAUGGCGCCCAGCCGUCACACCGGAAAAUCCAGUGCAACCAAAAAGAAGUACUUGCAGAACAUCCUAGAUCUCGAUCGUCAAAAUCGCAAGAUACAUCACAUUUACAUCACGUUGUGACUCCAAAUUCUACGGAUUAUAUCAAUUUUGAUUUCGGUGUACUAUCGAAUCAGCAACCGAGUAAUGGGUUGACACUGAAGGAUUGCAGUUUGCGUCAUGAACAACAAACGAUUGGUGAUAAAUUUGAAAUUUCCUCUCGAAUAACUCCAACCUUGAAUGAUGUUGGUGCCCCAAAUUUCCACCAGGGCAAAAACACCAACUCGGCAGCCAUGCGAAUCACUGACUCUGAAGUUGCAAGGAACACUGGAAGCGAAGCUUCCAAAAAUCUUUUUAUCAACAAAAAUUUCGAUAGGACAACAAAUGUCUUACCACUAUCGGAAACUGAACCCCUUUUAACAAAUAUCGAAGCGACGGUGGCUGAUCCGAAGCGUUCUAUAUGCCUGAACAAAAACAGUGCCUCGUUAGUUUUUACAAAGAAAGAUCCUAAUCAAGUGGGUGUUAGUGCGGGAUUUGAUAGUAAUAAUGGUGACAGUACAAGUUCUAGACAGCACUCAAGUAAUGGGCCCCGGCGAUGGAAUAGCGCGAAUCUGGGUCAAAAUCGUCGCUUAUUAGAGUCGGCACGAUAUAGUAACAGUGGUAGGACAGUUCUUCAACAUAGGCGAAGUCUUCAGUUGAACUAUCCAAUUAGUUCUAGUAAGGACAUUCGAAACACUGGAAAUUUCAGUGGUUCAGGACAGCUAUCAAGUGAUAAUAGAAAACAGCAUUCGUAUUCUUGGUAUGCGCCCGUAUAUACAGCUUUAGAGGAGGAAUUUGAAGCUGAUUCACGGGAUUCAUCGCCAAUACAUACUCUAGCCAAUGCAGCCGAAAAUACAUCGAUGAAUGAAAAACUUCCGCUUUUAACAUCGCCAACCUCUGAAAAUACUUUACAGCCAAAUGUUCACCAAAAACGAAUAGCAAGAACACCUUCAGAUGGUCAACACCAACAUCCAAACCUCCUACGAGGUAUCGGAACCAAUGAGCAUGACUACCAGCAUCAGAAUAGUACGAACAGCAACCAUUCAAUAUCAUCGCUUUCCGGAUCGGUACCAAAAAGAAAACGGUUUGAGAAUUUUUUAAAAUCUCUGGUGGGGCGAAAAUCAUCAAAAGAAUCAAAUCCGGCACCUCUACUACCCUCGCCGGAAAUAAAAAUAAUACCAAGCCCCUCGGAAAGCAGUUUAUUAAGCAAUAAUGACAAAUCUGCUAUCGAUCGAAUCGGUACCAGUAACUCUUCACUAAAUGUAGUACAACAAAAGCUUUGGAAUGUAGUACCACUGUUGAAACGCGAAGGUAGCUCAUCAAGUUUAAAGCAGGAAAAAGUUGAUUCAAUAGUGCAAUACUCGGGCCUAAGAAAGUGUGAGACAGUUGUGGCGCUCUCCCAAUUUAGCUGUCUAGAACCUAUUAAACCACUCAAUCGUUUAAGAAACAAUACACCCAACUCGAAUGCUACAUGCUCCCGAUGUUCCAGUUUUCUAUCUUUGGCGGCAUCUGGAUCACGAUAUUCUUUAAAUCCCAGCAAUAAUAGCUUCAUUACCGUAACCGUAGCAAACCUAAGUGCCAAUGAAAAUGCAUCUAUACCGAACGCGGUAGCUGAUGCAUUAUUUUUAUGUAAAUUGUGCCUUGCUGAAGUUUUAGUGAGUGCAGCAACAAAAAUUGAACAAUGCGGUUGUAUCUUUUGCACUGAGUGCAUGAAGGCAUACGUUGAAUUUGAAAUAUCGGAAGGUGCCUACGAAAUAUCCUGCCCGGAUGCGCAAUGCACAUCACAGGGGAUUAUUUCAUUAGAAGAGAUUAAAUCAUUGGCAACAGCAAGUUCCUUGUUGAAAUUUGAGAGAUAUCGAUUGAAUCAUGAAAUUGAAUUGGAUAAAACACGUACAUGGUGUCCACGUGCUGGUUGUGAAACAAUUUGCGUGGUGGGGAACGCACCUCAGACACCAUCCUCAUCCGAUGCUGUGAAUACAAUUACUGAGGUUUUGUGCGCUGUUCGAUGUCCAACAUGUAAUGAGGAGUUUUGUUCAGGCUGUAAAAAACCUUUCCAUCCCAGUGCCACGUGCGAAGAGAAUGCACGUCGACUGGCCGCCGAGGGAUUGGAUGAUGGAAUUGGCAUUCCAUUUGAUAAUGAUCUGAUAAAGAGUUGUCCAAUGUGUGCAGUGCCCAUUGAAAAGGAUGAAGGCUGUGCUCAAAUGAUGUGCAAGAGAUGUAAACAUGUAUUUUGUUGGUAUUGUCUCGCCAGUUUGGAUGACGAUUUUCUUCUUCGCCACUACGACAAGGGACCUUGCAAGAAUAAAUUAGGACAUUCACGCGCUUCGGUAGUGUGGCAUCGAGCCCAAGUAAUCGGAAUAUUUGCUGGUUUCGGUAUUCUGCUGUUGGUUGCCUCUCCCCUGCUCCUCCUAGCCGCCCCGUGCAUAAUCUGCUGCAAAUGUCGAAUAUGCAGCGGUGCAACCAAACUAGACGACGGAGGCACGGAUUUUGAGGAGACUGUCGCUGCUCGGCCAAGGUAGAGAAGAAUUUAGUUACUAUGCUCCUUCUAGGCGGAUUGUUACAAGAUACAAGUUGGCUUCUUAGCAGCAGUUUCGAAUAGACACAUACGUACUGAGUACCAAGCAAAACUAAGUGCCAGGAAAAUGAUUUCCUUUUAACAUUAUUAGUAGAUUAUUUUCUUUCAAGUUGAAAUGUUGAAGUUCUGGCCUACAAAAAUGCUUCGUAAAUAAGUUGAUUUUAUGAUAUCGGAGAUUGAAAAUUUAAUCUGUAUUAUGUAAUUCUAAUCAACGAAAAAUAUCGCAGCUAAUUGCACGUAUUUAGAUAUUAUAUAGCCUAGCGAGCAUUUAACGAUAAGCAUAAGUUAUACAAAUUUUAUGCUACAUGUACUUAUAUUCUUCUUCCAAAAUUUCCAAGUUCACAUAUACAGUUUUUCACAGUUUGUCAAUAUAUCGCGUAGUCGUUUGACGUGGAAGUUCGUUAGCUUGAAAUCUGGGAACAGAUUAACGUGUAACCACUAUUGCACAAUGCCUUGCACCAUCAGUAUCACAAUGCGCUCGAUACAAUUUCUUUGUUAUUGAAUACAUAUUUAUCGGUAGAAGAGAGAAUGGCAAUUAACCUAUAUCUAGGUUUGUUUGAAAGGCAUUUCCGGCGAGUUGGUUGGGAUUAUUUACGAAUUCGCUAUUUUUAUUGAAAAAAUAUCAAAUGGUAACAAAGAUACAAAGAUAUGGCCAAUUAGUGUACAAAAAGUUUAAUUUUGUUUCAAUGGAGAAACGUUUUAUUAUCAUAUUAUGUGCAAAAUAGAUAUAAAAUCGUACAUAUCAUCGCUUUAAAUGAAAACACCACCAACGCAAGGAUUUUGCAAUAAAAAUGAUAUUUUCUGUUGGAGAUGAUCAUAAACUCUCGAUUAGUAUUUUAGAGUGACAUAGUCGACCGCUAUUCUUGAUUUCUAAUCACUUUCUGCUGACAAAUGAGUACAAUUAAACCCAAAUGAAAGGUUAGGCCAACUGUGUGCAUGAAAUGGGGACUGCAAACGAACAAAGAACGUAAAAGUCAUUCCUUUAUCUGAAGCAGUGACGCAAAUUUGAGUGGAAAGUGUUGAGAGCGCUCCUCACACGAAUUCUUAAGUGGUUGAUAAUGGUAUGCACAGACACACAAGCGUCAUAAAUUUAAUAUCCUAGAAUAUGACUGGAGAAUGUACAUAAGCGGAGGAGAGGUCGGUUGUAAGUUAAAUUGUAGGAUCUAGCGUGUAAGCGAGAAUCAUACUGAGGAGAGUAUGUGUAAGGACUAUAUUACUGCAAUGUAUAAAGUUCGAAGUAGAAGUACAGUUCUAAGGUUAUUUUCUAACGAUUCUUAUCCAAAUACUAUUUUUCUCCAUAUAUGUAUAUUAUGAUAGGACACGACACAUUUAUAUACGUUAUGUGUUAACUGAAUUGUGAUAUUUACAGUGAUUCGAUUUCAGAAUAUAGAUUAAAGUGAAUGAAAAUACAAUGCAAAUACAAAUAUAAUUUCCACCUGAUUGACUUUGAAUAUAAUUUGUCACCUAAACGUGCAAACAUCUUUGAAAUUAGACCUGAAUGAUUUGCGUUAAAGAUUGUUUAACUUGGUUUGUUUACUCGUUUGAAGUGUUCUCAAUCAAUUUCACAUAUAGAUAAUGGUAACAAUGUUCAUAUGAAAUGUUGUUAGUCGAUUUAAAUAAUUAAUAAUGUAAUACAGUAUCUAUAAAAUAAUAUAUGCAUACAAUUUAAUAAUCAAAUAUUUAAUUGUUUGUGGAAUUCUUCCGUUCGUUUUAUUCAAUAAAGAUGUUACAGAGUGAGUUUAUUUGAAGCUUUGAGAAA